UUCAACUGGGGCAAGGUGAUCCUUCAUCUCUGUCUCUCCUUGUCCCUCUCAUCAUCCUUCUCUCUCUACUACUCCUUUUUAUGCUGUCUUCCUCUUUUGUUAUCUCUUUCUCUUUCUCUCAUUCUCAGAGACAAGAGCAUACCCACCACAGUCACAGAGUGAGAGACAAACCAACAUUUUCUCAGCUUCUGGCAUGAGCUUAUACGUUCAUGGGACUUUCAUGUGGCGAUCAUUUUGAGGAGCAGGGGAGUGAGUUUAGCUUAAUAGAUGAGACUGGUGCAACAGAACAAAACAGUAUCAUCAUGGAAGUGCACCACCAUCAUCAUCAGGGGGUUGAUAAAAACACAGAUUUCUUCCCAGUUGAGCACCCUUUGGAGCCACCAGAUGAAGACCGUCCUGUGAAAUGCCCUAUGCCAGAAUCCUCUGUCAUCAGUGAUGAAAGGAUGCAUGAAAGAAGGUUUGCAGAAAACUUAAGGAAGAGAGGAGAGAUAUCUGAGGGUAUGGCAGAGGGAGAGAGAACAGACGGCAUUGACAAUCAGCCUCCGGCGAGAGGAGUACGAAAGCGGCAUCACAACCUCACGCAUGGAGGAGACCUUGUGAUGACUCCAUUGAUGAGAAUGCCACCUCUUCCUCCCAUACCAUCCCAGAAUAUCACUAUCUUUCAAGUGCUUCAGCAGUUGGACAAGUUUGAGUCCUAAAAGAGAAAUAUAUUCCACAACAUUCCAUGUAAAAGGGAUGCAUUUUUAUUAUAAGGUGAGUGAGCUUCAGUAGAGCGAGCAGAAGAGAAUUGGGGCAGGAAGAACCUCAAGUAUCCAUUAUAUGUCAUCUUCAAAAAAGUUGUACCUCAUGUUUUAUAUUCAUUCAAGACAUUACUAUACAUUAGUGUUUCGAAAUGUGCAGAUUAGUGAGAUUACACAAUUCACCUGCUGAGUUAUGUUGGACAAAUAUAUUAAGGUGUAAAUUUUGCCUCUAACAAGGCCGUUAA